CCAUUUUACCCUUCUCAGCAUAUGAGAUGAGGUCCGCUUACUGAGCUCUCCUUCAUUUCCCACCUGAGCAUUCUCGCUUCUUCUCCCCCAAUCUCGUUCUCGUCGAUUACCUGAUUCGGCGACGCAUCGCGUUUCGUCCGCCGCAGCUCCACCAUGGCACCCAUCAAGGGUAUACUUUCUCUGCAGAGAGCAGCUUUAGCUCGUCAUCAUGGUGCAAAGUGGGGCCUAGCGUUUAGAUCAUUCAGCACUCAGGGAGCAGCACCCUCUACUACUGCUCAACCUCCACCUCCGCCACCUCCCGAGAAAACUCAUUUUGGUGGUUUGAAAGAUGAAGACCGGAUUUUCACUAACUUAUAUGGGUUGCACGACCCAUUUCUCAAGGGUGCCAUGAAACGAGGUGACUGGUACCGAACCAAAGAUCUAGUUAUUAAAGGUGCUGAUUGGAUUGUCAAUGAAAUGAAGAAGUCUGGCCUACGUGGACGUGGUGGUGCUGGUUUCCCAUCUGGUCUCAAAUGGUCUUUUAUGCCAAAAGUAUCCGAUGGCCGUCCUUCCUAUCUUGUCGUCAAUGCUGAUGAAAGUGAACCUGGAACCUGUAAGGACAGGGAAAUUAUGCGCCAUGACCCACACAAACUUUUAGAAGGUUGCUUGAUUGCUGGUGUUGGGAUGAGGGCCAGUGCUGCUUACAUCUAUAUAAGAGGUGAAUAUGUAAAUGAACGGUUAAACCUUGUAAAAGCUAGAAAUGAAGCUUAUGCAGCUGGAUUACUGGGGAAAAAUGCUUGUGGAUCUGGUUAUGAUUUUGAUGUUCAUAUCCACUUUGGUGCUGGUGCCUAUAUUUGUGGUGAAGAAACAGCGCUUCUGGAGAGCCUUGAAGGGAAACAGGGGAAGCCAAGAUUGAAGCCUCCUUUCCCUGCUAAUGCAGGAUUAUAUGGCUGUCCCACCACUGUUACAAAUGUGGAAACGGUGGCUGUUUCUCCCACCAUAUUAAGGCGUGGACCAGAGUGGUUUGCCAGUUUUGGGAGAAAGAACAAUUCAGGGACAAAAUUGUUUUGUAUCUCGGGACAUGUGAACAAGCCUUGCACUGUUGAAGAGGAAAUGAGCAUACCCUUGAAAGAGUUACUAGAGAGGCACUGUGGAGGUGUGAGGGGCGGAUGGGACAACUUACUUGCAGUAAUUCCAGGUGGUUCAUCUGUUCCAUUGCUUACCAAGGAUAUAUGCAAUGAUGUUUUGAUGGAUUUUGAUGCACUGAAGGCUGUGCAGUCAGGAUUGGGAACUGCAGCUGUUAUUGUGAUGGAUAAAUCAACGGACAUUGUCGAUGCAAUUGCAAGGCUUUCUUACUUCUACAAGCAUGAGAGUUGUGGGCAGUGCACACCGUGUAGGGAGGGGACAGGAUGGCUAUGGAUGAUCAUGGAAAGAAUGAAAGUUGGGAACGCAAAGCUGGAAGAGAUUGACAUGCUUCAGGAGGUGACCAAGCAGAUUGAGGGGCACACAAUCUGUGCGUUGGGUGAUGCUGCUGCUUGGCCCGUGCAAGGUCUAAUAAGGCAUUUCAGGCCAGAGCUUGAGAGGAGGAUCAGGGAGCGUGCAGAGAGGGAACUGCUGGAGGCAGCUGCUUAACUGCAUCUCUCAGGUUGCUUCUUGUAUCUAUUCUGCAUUCAUUUCUUCAUUCGACUUCUACAAAGAAGUAAAUAAGGGAGAAAAACAGUACUAGUAACUUGAACUUGGGUACGCAUUGGAAUGUGUUUGUUGUUGUCUUGUUGUAAGGCCACGCAACAGGUGGCCUGGUCCGGUUGGCUGAAUCUAGACAUCAAUGGGCUAAAAAAAUUGUCGCUUGGUCUAAUAGAGGGCUUCUGCUGUGUAGGUUAUGCUUGUAUUAGUGGAAAUCAUGGAAUAAAAUGAAGUUGCCCCAGAUUUCGGGAGGAUAUGUGAAUCGGGAGGCAGCUGGUGGUCCAGCUGCUAUUGUUUGUUUUUAAACUGUAUCUCGACUAUAUGACCUCACUGUCCCAGAGACAAUCUGAUUCAUUGUGGAUGCGUCUGGGCAGGAUAUUUGUGUUGUGUUUCCAGAUCUUGUUUUCCCUUACACAGUCGGAGUUUUGUUAAUAAAUUUUCGUUUUUCGCUUC